CAACCUAGAGAGAGAAAGAGAGGAGAGAGAUGGUAUGAGAGAGAAAGGAAAAAGAGAUCGGUUUAUAGAGAGAGUAACUGGUGGAGAGAGCGUGAGAGAGGUUUACAGGGGGUGGGAGCAACUCUGAUAGAGAGUGGGCCUCUGCGCCAUGGGUUUCUCGGCCAACACCUUGUUACCAUCACCCACACCUUUUCUCUCACUCAAGCUCCAAAACCCACCUCUCCAAACUCCUCUAAUUGCCUGAUUCCCCCACCCUUUCUCUGACUAAAAUCACCAAUCCCCACCUUGCUGAAACCCCCAAUUCCGUUUUUCUCUGUCUACGCGAUGGCUCAAAGCAAUAGAUCCACCGGUCAGGUGAAAUGGUUCAACAGUACCAAAGGCUUUGGCUUCAUAACCCCGAGUGAAGGGGGUGAAGAUCUCUUUGUUCACCAAACCUCCAUUAAAUCUGAGGGCUUUCGAAACCUAACUGAGGGUGAAACUGUUGAAUUCGAAGUUGAGGAGGGUGAAAAUGGUCGCCCAAAAGCUGUGGAUGUAACAGGACCCAACGGGUCUCCGUUAACUGGGUCACGCCCAUUUUCGGGUGGUAGGGGCAGGGGUUUUGGUGGCGGUGGUGGCUAUGGGGGCGGUGGUAGUUAUGGGGGCGGUGGUGGUUAUGGGGGCGGUGGUGGUUACGGGGGCGGUGGUGUUUAUGGGGGUGGUGGUGGUUAUGGUAGUAGGGGAGGGAGAGGUAGUGGGAGAGGGGUUUUUGGUGGGAGGUCUUCUUAUGGUGGGGGUGAUGGUGCAUGUUAUAAUUGUGGCCAGGUUGGCCACAUGGCUAGGGAUUGUUUCCAAGGUAGUGGAAAUAGAUCUGGUGGUUAUGGUGGUGGUGGUGGUGGUUAUGGUGGUGGUGGCUAUGGUGGUGGUGGCGGCGGCUAUGGUGGUGGAAGAGGUGGUUAUGGUUAUAGUUAUAGUGGUGGUGGUGGUAGUAGUAGUGGUGGGUGCUAUAACUGUGGGGAACCUGGUCACUUUGCUAGAGAGUGCCCUAAUGAUCAAAAAUAGGGUUUCUCUCCCUAUUAUCUCUUUUGCUUUUCUUUCUGUUUGUUUGCUGUUUUUGUUCUUGUUUUGUGAUUGUCUCUUUCCCUUCCUUUCCCUGUCUUUGGGAUUUCUCCCUCUCUCAAGGAGAAAGUUUUCUCUGUUACUACUGUCUUUCUUAGACAAUUCAGUUUCUCUCACGCCCCCUCUAUGUUGGACAAUUUAGAGGGUCUCUCUUCUACACCCCCUUCCCUCUCUCUAUCUAUAUGCCUCUCAUCAUUUCAAUCUGCUUGCCUACAUCUAUAUGCCUCUCAUCUUUUCAAUCUGCUUACCUACAUCAUGUCGUGGAGUCAGAUUAACUGAUACAAGUUGUUCUAACCCUUUUUUGGAAAUCUUAAGCUGAAAUGUUUUUAUUUUUAUUUUUAUGGGGUUAAAGAAGCUUGGGUUAGUGGGGUUUGUAAAUACAGAAACAAGUGGUGGUGAGAUGGAUGAACAGAGCGGCGUGACUCAAAAUCUCCUAGCUCAAGUGUUUCUUCUCCGUCUGAUGGAGAAUACCAUGCUUUGCUGUAUGCCAUUCUCUUGCCCCUGUUUUUUUUCAGUCUUUUUUGGGUUUUUUAAUUUCUGUAAAUCUGAGUGAUCUCAGAGUUUUGAUCCCUUUUGUGAAGAUUGGGUCAAUUCCUUUGGAGAUUGGAUCAAUUCCUUUCACUUUUUCCUUGUGGAAUUUAAUUUAAUUUACGUCAGCAAAUGAGAUUUUGGGUGUUUAUAUCUUCUUUCCUGUUGCAACUUGUUGCUGUGUUACUUUUUCUGUUACUGGUUAUCCUCUCUCAAUGAUAUACAUGAUUCCUUUA